UGGUUAUUGCUCCGGGAGGAGGGCUUGGGGGACGGGGCUGGCAUUUAAACUGGGUUUGGUGGAUGGCGGACUGUAUUGGCAGUGUAAACAAAAAACAAAACCAAAACUGGCUAAGCUCUGCAUUUAAAUUUAGGGCCUAAAUUCUGACAGCGUCUUCUUGAGCUAGAGCUUGGGCUUUAACUUCUCAGCAUCUUUGGGAGGUCUUGCCUUUUGCAUCACUCCCAAUUUUAAGACCUGGCAAUAAUGAGUGAAUAUCCAUUGGAGUUAACCGCCAGACUUGGAAACCCUGAUGCUACCUUGGGAACAAGUAUGUCAGACUGAGUAACUAGCAGCUCCCGAGUUCCCCAGGUUGCAGGGUGGGCGCUGCGCCUUCCACGCAGGCUUUGCUCCACUGGUGGGUGGGUGCGUGCCCUGCCCAUGCUGGCUGGACCCGGCUGUGCCGCUGGCAGCGUGUGCCAGGUGGGCAAGUCCAGUGGGAGCAGGAGUUACGGGGGGCUUGUGGAGUCACAAACUCGCUGGGUAUCCAAAAAGCCAUCUGUGUGCAAGGCACGUAAAAAGUGAAUGUAGUGUUUCUUAUGAGGCAACACAGGGAUGUUCAUCUGAGUAUUUAUGUGCAGCCAUUUUUGAGUGACAGCCAUGUCUGAAACUGGAAUUUUCCACUCUUUUCUGCAAUGAAAAGAGUAAACCAAAACGCUAUGGAGAAAAAGCGUGAAGCAUCCCUUUUCUGAGGGAGCCUACCGUUAAACUGUGCUGCUGCCUGCUUGCCUUCAGUCUCCAGCAUGCAUGCGCUUAUGUGAUAACUUCCCAUCUGCAAACCCUUUCUUCUUGGCGACCUGAGCUGUGCUAAUGAACCGUUCCAGAAAGCCGAAGCGUGUGAUUCAAAGGCUGCUGGUGUUCUGCUCUCCCCAGUCCUCUCUGCUUCAGGCAUGAAGUCAGGAGGGACGCGUUACAAAACCGAGUGAAAAUGAAGUCAUUGGGCAUUAAUUUUGGAGCAGACCUGCUUGCAUUGCAGCGAUCCUGAAACGGUCCAGCGCAGCUGCGAGCUGUCUUCCUGCACACAGAGCACGAGCGGAGGCAGUCGAAGACGGUCACGCAAGCCAACAUGAAGGUGGAAUUACUCCCAGCCCUCACAGACAACUACAUGUACCUUCUCAUCGAUGAGGAAACGAAGGAGGCUGCAAUCGUUGAUCCUGUGCAGCCCCAGAAGGUUUUGGAUGCGGUCAAAAAGCACGGCGUGAAGCUGACUACUGUCCUGACCACACAUCAUCACUGGGACCAUGCUGGAGGAAAUGAGAAGCUCGUAAAGAUGGAGACGGGGUUGCGUGUGUAUGGGGGAGACAGCAGAGUUGGAGCACUGACACAGAAAGUGUCUCACCUUACAUCGCUCAAGGUGGGAUCUCUUAAUGUGAAAUGCCUCUGUACGCCGUGUCACACUUCUGGACACAUCUGUUAUUAUGUGACUAAGCCAAAUAGCUCCGAGCCACCUGCUGUUUUUACAGGUGACACGCUGUUUGUGGCCGGUUGCGGAAAAUUCUUCGAGGGAACCCCGGAGGAAAUGUACAGAGCGCUGAUUGAGAUUUUGGGCAGCUUGGACCCCAAAACGAGAGUUUACUGCGGUCACGAAUACACGAUCAACAAUCUCAAGUUUGCUCGACAUGUUGAACCCAAUAAUGUCAGUGUCCAGGAGAAGCUUGCCUGGGCCAAGGCAAAGUAUGACAGUGGUGAGCCAACCAUACCUUCCACCAUUGCUGAAGAGUUUACGUACAACCCCUUCAUGCGAGUGAGGGAGAAGACAGUUCAGCAGCACGCUGGGGAGACCGACCCCAUCCGAACGAUGGGGGCCAUCAGAAAAGAGAAGGAUAACUUCCGAGUCCCGAAGGACUGAGCACUCUGCCUGGAUCACUUUAAUGUCAGUCUAAGUGUAAUUUAGACUAUUCAGAUGUUUUAGGAGUUGAACUUUCUGUUGUGGUUGAGUCAGUCGUAUUUAGGUUUUUGUUUUGUUUUAAUUAAGGAAAAAAAAGAAGCACUUUGCCCUUGUUGAGAUGUUCUACGACAUAUUUAUAUUAUGAUGAAGAAUAUUUAUCCUAUUGCUGGCUCUCAAACUGUCACAUGUGUCAUAUGCGGAUCAUUUUGAGAGUGCUGGUAUGUGGCUCAGAAUCUGGGGCGGGGAAUGGUCAAACCUUGAGGUCUAGGAAGGAGCUCCUGUUAUUUUUGUAGGAGCCUGAUGCGAAUGCGGACAGCGGGACCAGGGUCCCAGAUGCCUUCAUUUAAAACAGAGACAAAAUGCAGUAACUGCUCUGCCAGCUGUGAAGAUUCAAACUUGUCUUCCAUGCUGCUUCUUAAACGCUUCUGAGUCUGUCAUUCCUGGCUCCACUAAAACCAGUUCUCAGUGACAGCCCUGCUCUGCCACUGCCAGUUUGGGGCUCAGUUUAUGAAAUACGCAGGGUGGCCUGGCUCUGGGAAUGGCACACGGGGACUGCCCAGCUUUCCUCUUGUCUCCGACGUUCUUUGUCACGGGACUGCAGUAACUUUGGCAUGCUGGCUUAGCGCUCGCGCCGUUGCUUAAACCCUUUCACUCUUAACUUACGCCUGUUUGCAUGUACCUGCUUACCGCUCUUAAGCGUGAUCCGUAUGUUACUUGUACUAGUACCACACCAACAAAGAAGGGAUUUGUCUGCUGGUUCAAAACCCUGAGAAGAACUUAGCUAGCGACUAGCUGCGUGUCUAACAGCGAGGAGGUCCUCCGUCAGACACCCUGCUGCCGAUAGCCAGAGCAGCUGCUUUGUACCUUGCUGUGAGUAACGUGGCAAGUGAGCAUUUCUGAGCUGGGUGCUGCUCCCCAGCGAGAGGACAGCCGUUCUGGUGGGCGCUGGCAGGAGCUGUGCUGGGCCUGGGAGCCUCCGGCUUACAGCCGAUGCCAUGGGCUGCUGGGGUCAAUCACCCACCCUGCAGCCUCGCUUGGCCCAGCCUCUCUGCUGGAAAGGCGAUGGUAGAAAUGGUGAGGGUGUCCCCGAAUCACUGCGUUACGCAGGGCUUGGGUCUCAGACCCCCUGAGAAUCCACCUUAGCCUGGCACCUUUCUUUUUCUUGGUUGGUCCAUGGGGCUUAAAAGCCGUCUCUGUUCUUAGACUAGUGCUGCACGACCCCAGCCUGCAGACGGCUUGAGAACUGUGGAGAGACAACUUCCCCUCCAGCUGUUUUUCUGAUGGAGGGGGGGGAAUAGUGUGUUGAAGUGAAGAAAUGGGAUAAAUUGGGGGAAAAAUCAGGUUUUCAGUGAGUGGGACACCGUCCUGCACUUCCCACCCUCCAGCUUGGUGUCUUUAAACAAAAGAGAUGGGAGCGAGGGGUGGUAGGGCCCAGCCUUGCAGGCUUGGCAUCUGCGUCUUUAAUGCGUCUUCCUCUGAAAAUUGUAUUUUCUUCCUUGUUUCUUGCUCUUGGCUGCAUGCUGCAGCUCUGCUCGAGUACGGGAGAUUUUCAAACAAAUGUUUUGCAGCUGAAAGUAACAAAAGAUUCAAAUGAUUGUGCUUCCAGUUUCUCCCCCUCUCCCCAGUGCACGGUGGUAAGUAAUGCCACGAGGGAGUCCGUACCCCCCUGGGUGUAACUGUGCUCUGCUGUUCCAGCCAGCAGGCUGAACGGCAGCGUAUGAGUGGGAUGCGGUGUAGCACUAUCGCUUUAUUUGCUUUAAAAAGGUAAAUUUUAUCUAGUUCAGAAAGAAAAAGCGGUACCUAAAACUUUACCAUCUCCUUAACUUGAAUGCUGCGCUGCUACAACGGAGCACGACUGUACUGAUGGCUGUUUGGCAAAUGAGCAAAUAAAUAACGGCUGUAAAC